AUGUCGAACUGUCAAGAAACCCCGGAUGUGGGACAUUUUGCUGUUAAAGAGGAUGCCUUCGAAGUCCCCACUGAAGCAUCCAAUGGAAUCCAUGAGCAUCUUGCCCCGGAGAAUGGAAAUCCAAAGAAGAUCACCGCUCUUGACAAAGAAAAAAUUGGAGGACUAGUUGUCAAUUUUCAGGAGAAUCGGCCACUGAGGGACCUGCAACCAAUGAAAUCCCGUGCAAGGAAGCCAAAGAAGGAGAAGGAAACUGCUUCAACUGAACCACAGACAGAUACAAAACCUCGAAGAACUCGUAAAAGAUGCUAUGAAGUGGCUAAGAAAACUGGAUCAGGGAUAGCUACGAAAAUUCGAAAAGCUCGUAAGAGACCAGUCAACACAAAUUUUGACCAAUUGAUGAAGAAGUUCUCGAAACUGCGAAUUGCACCAGCGAGAAGAGGCAGAAAACCGAAGAUAGUUGUUCCAGCGAAAACAAAGGUACCUCGGAAGCCAAGAGCGCCACGGAGAAAGUCCCAGAGUGUUGAUGUGCUCUGCAAUUUCUUUGGUAAACUUUGUAUCGAUACUGCAAAGAUCAAGAAGCGGCCAAGAAAAUCUGCGGAGCAAAAGAAGAACGAAGUCGUUGAUAGGCUCAAGAAUAGCCUCCACAUUGGGUCAGGAGAUGAAGAAAAUCUUUAA